CGAACGACAGGUUCACUUAGCAGGUCUGUAUUCAAAAAGCCAAUUUCUAUCGUCAUGCAAACGACUAUCGGAUACAAACACCUCGUCUCCAUUGUUUCAUGAAACCCAAAGAGCAAGAAGGACACUCGAGGAUCGCUUCCGAUUCUUCACAUCCCUCAGGAACAGAACAGAAGAGAUUGGGCCCUAUCAAGCGACGAUCCAUACCAACAGGAUUCGAUUUCGACUUGGAUGAAGUAUGGUUACCGAAGAUUCAGAUGAGAUCCAGCAGAAGAAUGUCCAAGGAUGCAGAGGAUCCUCUAUGCAGAACCGUGCCUAGUCAAUUCUAUUCUAGGCACCAAUUACUAAAAGGUGAUCACACUCUCCAACCAUCCAUUCACAACUCGAACAACACCCCGGUUUACGUGUACAAACCGGGCAGAGAGAAGAAUAACAACCAACCUUGGCCAUCAAGAGCGCACGAUGGAACCGCAAACAGGCAACAGGAGGGUAGAAACGACGCUCCUAUUCGUCAGGAUGAUGAUAAUUUCGAUGCAGACACCUUCGAUUUUUGAUAGAGAUUCCAAGAAAGGGCACAGAGGGGAGGGGGUGG